CAUAACCCUUUUUCACAUCUCUUCCCAAAUCGAUAGUCUCAAGUCGCACAACACGAAGAAGAAGAUCCCGGAGAAUGGCUACGGCGAUUGUACGUUCAGCUCUUUCCCGAGCAGCGAUCCGCGCAGCUCCCAGGACAUCCGUCGCUCCUAAACGAAGCUUUUCCUCUUCCGCCGGCCACGACGAUGCUUAUGAGGCUGCGAAGUGGGAGAAGAUAACUUAUUUGGGUAUUGCUAGUUGCACUGCUCUAGCCGUCUAUGUUCUAUCCAAGGGCCAUCAUCACGGUGAAGACCCUCCUGCCUAUCCGUAUAUGCACAUCCGCAACAAGGAGUUUCCAUGGGGUCCAGAUGGUCUGUUUGAGGUGAAGCACAAUGAAGGACACUGAAGUUCUUGCGUGUACACAAUAACGUCUUCUUGGUUUAUUUGAAAGGCUAAAUGCUUUACCUUAUUUGUUCUUAACGUUUGUCAACAAUUUUUCUACUCCAGCCUCGUUUCUCGUUUCUUUUGUUGAGAAUAAGAAUUUAACACUUUGCUUGGUUUAUAUUAUCCAAGACUUGUGUCCUUCAAUAAAAAUGGAAACUUCUUCAGAA